AUGUUGGGCGCGGCUGUGCUGGCGACGUUGGCCUUGGGUUUAUCGGCGACCGCGUCGGCGGCCAAGGCGACCAGCGAAGAACUGCUCGCCGAGCAGUUCUGCGAGAAGUUUCCCACGCUACAUAUGUGUCGGCUCCGCGAGGAACUCAUGGGCUCUCUCAUCGAGCUCCAGUUUUUACUACAGGACAGCGAAGCCGCUGCUCAAGGUCCGUUUCUCGUUUUCUAGAACAUUGUUUCCACAAAUUCUUCUUACGUUUGUAAGCUACAGUAGAAGCACCUGGGCUUUUCGUUGAAAAUUUCAUUAAUACAGCUCAUGUACCUCCAAAAACCGAUAUAAGAAAAAAUCGACUUUUCGUGCUCCAAGAUUACUCGAUUGACUUUUUUCGUGAUAUUUUACAAAUUUAUUCAUUUUUUUGCUGCUGUGAUGUAUAGUCCACUCUCCCUGACUUGAAAGACGAAAUGGGUAGAUUGGCAAGGUUGGAGCGUUGCGUACGCGACGCGGCUUUUGGCGGCGAGCUUGAGAUUAAAUUUGAGCCACAAUUCUUUGUCCUUUUUUAACAGUUUUUUUUUACAAAUUCAUAUAAUUUUUUUUGGUUUUGAAAUAUUAGUUGAAAGAAUAGAAAAAUGAAAAUAAUGAAAAACUAUUUCCUCCACACUUUUUCCAUGAUUGCGUUUGACCUCGAGGUUCCCGCAAAAAAAGCGCCGCUCCCCCAGUGACAAUCUGCCCAUAUCGCCUUUCAAGUCUGGAAGGAAUGACUGUAACUGUAACUGUGUAACCAAUGACGAAGAUCAUGAGAAAAUGCAAAACGAAUCAAAACUCUCAUUUAAAUUAUUAAUUUCUUUGCUAACUCCGUUGAUACUUAUUCACACCAAAAACACUAGAGAGAUGUAGUUUCACCCACAUGACGUCAUGAAGUAAAUAACCAUCUUAUUGGCGUCAUCAAAAGCUGAACGCUAUUGGAAGACUCAAUCCUAAGAUUUCGUUUCAACUUUUUUGCUCAUUUAUGAUUUUUUCAAUAUGAAAGACGUUUUCCCAGGUCGCGUGGCUACAUCGUUUUUGUGGAUAAAACUGAUUAUUACGUCACUGAACCAACUUUUAUGUCUUUUUAACAGUUUCGAAAUAUGUUUUGAGCCUAUGUUCAUUCAAAAUUCAAUGUGAUACUUUUAUAGUCAAUUUGCCUCGACUUGAAAGGUGAGAAGGGCGGAGAAGGAGGCGGGACGCGUAGCGUGCGCGUACGCGGUUCUUGGAAAGCUUUCAGUUCAACCGCGAGCGACUAUUCGGAGAGCUACUUUUUUUCAUUUAUUUUUUCAUUCUUUAUUGUUUUUUUAAUUUGCGCAUUAAAAAAAUAGUAGAACAGAUACAAAAAGAGCGUUGACCGAGAUUUUUAAAUAGUCGGUGGCGCUUGAAUCGAACUCGUGCCAAGAACCGCGUACGCGCACGCCACGCGUCGGAACUUCUUUGCCUCUUUCGCCUUUCAAGUCGGGAAGGAUUGACUAAAUUGGUUUUCCGAUUCAUUUUUUCCUUCUUGUUUCAACAAGGACCUUUUCGAUCUCUUUGCCAAAGUUGUUCUCGCUAAAUUCAGAAAUAGCUCUAGUCCUCCAAAAUUUUGUUGCCUCUCACUGUCUGAAAGCUAUUUUCAGUGAAUCACUUUGAACACGGUAGAACAAAGAAAACGCUAGGAAUUUCUUUUAAAAUGUUUUCUAGUACUUUACCAAAAUUUUAUUUCUCCCCAAGUAGUUACCUAGGGUUACCGUAUUCUAGUUCUCUGAACAAAUAACGAAUAACUUCAGCCAACCUGGCGAUUCCCGUCUCUGAAGUGCAGAAGAGAAAGUCGGCGUUCGUCCGAUUCGGAAAGCGGUCGGCUUCUGAAGAAGAUGACGUCAUGGUGAGAAAAAAACCUGGAAUGAUAAAUUCGAAGAGCUUUCAGACGGCCGAGAAACGCAAAUCGGCCUUUGUACGAUUCGGCCGCUCGGCUCCUUCAGAGGAAGCUAUGCAGAAGCGCAAAAGCCAGUACAUCCGUUUCGGCCGGAAAUGA